GGCCAUUAAAUGAUUGCAGAUAGUCUCUAAAGUGCUGAUGGCCAACGUGAUUAAACGUGAAAAUCAUGUGCAUUUCCCUCCUUGUUGUGUCCGUCAAAUGGCCGGAAGGGGCUAAUGUAAAAGCAUACACUGUGCAGUUUCGCAUGAUUAUUGCAAUUGGUUUUCUAGGGGGACCGACCCCGACUGCAUCCACCAUCACCACCACCAGCACACACCCCUCAGCACCGGUGAUGCAUCCCCGCGGCAAAGGCACGGACAACUCCUCGUUAGAGUCGUCUCGACUUUAGAAUGGUGCAGAAAUCUCUCAACGGCGGGGUUUACCCAACUCAAGCCGGAGAGAAAAAGCACAAAGUCGGCUUUGUUGGAUUGGACCCCGGCGCUCCUGAAUCCAACAGGGAUGGAGCGCUGCUCAUUGCGGGUUCGGAAAGCACCAAACGGAACAGCAUCCUCUGCAGACCGAGGUCCAGCAUCUCCGCCGGGAGACCCAGACCGUCGAAGAAAAAUGCCAGCUAUCGGAAACUACAGAAUUUUCUCUAUAACGCGUUGGAAAGACCGCGGGGAUGGGCGUUCAUCUACCACGCUUAUGUCUUCCUCUUGGUCUUCUCCUGUCUCAUACUUUCAGUCUUUGCCACCAUCAAAGAGUUCAAAAAUAGCUCAGAAAGUGCCUUGUACAUCCUGGAAAUUGUGACCAUCGUGGUUUUUGGAGUGGAGUACAUUAUAAGGAUAUGGGCUGCUGGCUGCUGCUGUCGAUACAGAGGAUGGAGAGGGAGGCUAAAAUUUGCCAGAAAACCUUUCUGUGUAAUAGACAUUAUGGUGCUGAUAGCCUCAGUAUCCGUACUGGCAGCUGGAUCUCAGGGCAAUGUUUUUGCCACCUCGGCCAUCAGAAGUCUGAGAUUUCUGCAGAUCCUGCGCAUGCUGCGUAUGGACCGACGGGGAGGAACCUGGAAGCUGCUCGGAUCUGUAGUUUAUGCCCACAGCAAGGAGCUCAUCACAGCAUGGUACAUAGGCUUCCUGUGUCUCAUCCUGGCUUCAUUCCUGGUCUACUCUGUGGAAAAGGAGUCAAAUGAGGAGUUUGAGACCUAUGCUGAUGCUCUUUGGUGGGGACUGAUCACUCUCACGACCAUUGGAUAUGGUGAUAAGGUUCCCAAGACGUGGAAUGGACGCUUGCUGGCAGCCACAUUCAGCAUGAUCGGGGUGGCCUUCUUUGCUCUUCCUGCUGGCAUCCUAGGUUCUGGCUUUGCCCUCAAAGUCCAAGAGCAACACAGGCAGAAACAUUUUGAGAAGAGACGUAACCCUGCAGCAGGCCUUAUCCAGGGUGCUUGGAGGUUUUAUGCUACCAACCUUUCCCGUACAGAUCUGCUGUACACUUGGGAUUUUUAUGAGCAGACUGUAGCUAUCCCAAUGUACCGACUUAUUCCACCUCUGAAUCAGCUGGACCUGCUGAGGAAUCUGAAGGGCAAGUCAUUCAGGAAGGAGUCUCAAACAGAAACCUCUCCCAGUAAUGAAAAUGCACACAAAGACAGACUUUGCGGGUGCUGCCCGAGAGCUAUUAGUCGAAAGGCUAGCCUGAAGGACAAGGUGUUCCCCAGUCCUUCCAAGGCUCCCGUGGCCAAGGGGAAAGUCCAGUCUCCAGGGGCAGAGGAUGGGGCUGAGGCGAGUCCCAGCAAAGUUGCCAAAACCUGGACCUUCACUGAGAAGAACCGAGGGCCAAAGCACUCCUUUAGAGUCCGGGGCAGCGCCUCACGCCAAAACUCAGAGGUGCUGAUUGAAAUGCAGGAUGAAGACCAUGGACUGAAGAGUUCUCCAGCAAUUGAAGGUUUAAUAAAGGCGAGCCUUCCAGGAGAGGAAAUUGGUGAUGAUAAGAGCUGCCACUGUGAGUUUCUCACUCAAGAAUUACCACCAGGCUUGAGGGUUACAAUAAGGGCAAUCUGCAUCAUGAAGUUUCUGGUGUCAAAGAGGAGGUUCAAAGAGAGCUUGCGGCCUUACGAUGUCAUGGAUGUGAUCGAGCAGUACUCUGCAGGUCACCUGGACAUGCUGUCUCGCAUUAAGAACCUGCAGUCCAGAGUUGACCAGAUAGUUGGUAAAGGUCCUAAAGCUGAAGGAGGGGCUGCUGAUGACCAGAGCAUGAUGGGACGGCUGGUCAAAGUGGAAAAGCAGGUGGUCUGUAUGGACAGGAAACUUGAUUUCCUGGUCAAUGUGUAUGUGCAGCGUAUGGGAAUCCCUCGUUCGGAAACGGAGGCCUUUUUCAACUCUAAAGAGCCGUAUCCUGCCCCGCCUUACCACAGCCCAGAGGAGAGUAAGCAGGAGAAGGAGUGUAAAGAGGAAGUGAAGGAGGAAAAGAAGGAGCAGACAUGCUCACCAGCCGAUGUCCAGUGCUCUGAUGGGUCUUUGGAAAAGAAAGAUCCUUUACUGGGUCGGUAUGUGGCGAGAUCGGUGGGUACUCCCUCUGGCAGCAACAGCCGCCCCUCUACCUCCUGGCAGCACCAGCUGCAGCACCCCCUCAGCCAGCCUGCCUGGAACAGCAGUGUGGCCAACAGCCCCUCACCAGUCGGUGGCAGUGGCGAUCAUUCGCCCACACUGUUCCGCCUCCCACCUCCACCUGCUAAGGUUCACGACCGAUCCUCCUCCGGCCCGGGCGGCAGCGGCAGAGAGAGCCGCUCCCAGAGCAGGAGGCGCCACAGGAGGCAGAUGUGUCAGCAGGAUGCUACCGCUGUGGAGAGUGACACGUCUCUAUCCAUCCCAUCUGUUGACCACGAGGAGCUAGAGCGCUCCUUCAGCGGCUUCAGCAUCUCCCAGGCCAAGGAAGACUUCUUUGGGCCUUCUUUCUUUAUAGGCUCAGGAGGGGGAGCUGGAGCAGAGCCUGAAGCCGCAGCUGGACCUUCUUUCUGUGCCAAGGUCAGACCCUUCAUAGCAGAGGGAGAAUCAGACACAGACUCUGACCUAUACGCUCCCUCACCCCUAUCCUUCACUGGAGAGGUAUCAUGCGGAGAGAGGGCAUGGCAAGGAAUGAAGUAGGUCAGGAAGAACUGCUCCGCAUGGCAGGGAGGCUCAUAGUAAAAGAUAUCAGUGCUUCAGUUUCCAUUGUGAGACCUAUCAUGAGACCUUGUAGCCAGCUGACUGACUGUUGCUGCUGACGAUGCUAUCACAGACUAUUUUAGAUUAAGUGAAUGGUUACGACGAGUAUAUUAAUGAAGAUGGUAAAAAUAUGUCCUUAUAAAAACAAAGGGGUUGUCCUUAAUCACCUUUUUGGUUUGUGAUUACAAGCAAUGCAUUAUUACAGUUGCAUUGCAUCCAUCAAGAUCUUGGUUAAAUAGAAAAAAGCUGUUUAGGGACAUUUCUUUAACUUAGUUGGGGACAUUUGUGUUGUAUUUAUUAGUGAUGAAAGGUACACAAGCGUAUAGAUGUGUGAGAGUUGUUUAUACCACUUCAUUUUGCAUUGACCUUAUACUUGACAUUGAUUUGUAUGGAACAUACAAGCGAAAAUCACCUUGAUUUUGUUUAUGAAUAGUGAGUGCAUUUCAGCACUUCUGUUACACUGACCACUUUAACUUUGAAAUCAUAGUGGGAGUUAGUAAUGCAAGAUUAUUUCAGUCUUAUCACAUGGUUAGCAUAGUGUCUUGAUAACUUCUAAACCUUUGAAUGACUUGAGGUGGUAUGAUGCCAAAACCUUAGCUAUGAUAAUCAAUUAGAUUAUUGCAGAGUAAAAAAAGUGUGCUUGCUUUUCAGUAUCAUUAAUUCAGCCUAGUGUUUGGUGAAUACAACAAAAGAACUCCCCUCAAGGUAUUGCAGAUACUUCCCCAUCAAUAAACUUGCUGCAUGGUAUGUAAAAUGGUUGAUUUAAGGACUGCGUUAAUCAGACUACAAAACCAAACAACAGUGGCAAAAAGUCAGCUGAAAAAUUCCAUGAGUGUUUCUCUUCUAUACAGACAAACUAAAUGAAACAUGCAUGACUGGUUUCAAGCUACAAUUUGUUCGUUUUUUUAAUGGGACUAUGCUUGAGUUCCAAUCAUGUAAAUGCAGCCCGAGCUUGCUAAUUUUAAUGGCUCUUCUUUUCAGGGCAAAAAUGUUCGAAUCAUGUACACACUUAAUACAAAGGCAGAUGUUUAAUUUUACAUAUGGGAACAAUAUGGGCUCAAAUGGACACAACAUGCUGUGUUGACGUUGGACUGAGUAAAUCAUAUGGGACACUUACUUACUCAGACAUGAUGGUAUUUUGCCUGUAAUGCAUAGGUCAGUCAUUAAGACUCUCUGCUGCUAUGCGAGUUCUGCACUAAAUGAGGAAAUGCAAUAAAAAAAACAAGCAAGGCAAUCAAGAACCAUCCUUUACCAACAUUAACAUGGCCUUAUUUUUCACACCAAAAUCCAUUGUUUUGUAAGUAAACAAACAAUUUCAUUCAAAACAUUUCAUAAAAGUAGUGAAAGUACAUUUUGAAGUAUUAUAUAGGAGGUUAUGUGGCCUGAGAGCAGUUGUUCUGUUACAAUUGUAGCCACUGAUGAUGCUAAAAGCAUGGGAUUCAUAGGGACACCCGUAGCAUGAACAGUUCUUAUUAAAAGUAACCCAAGUUAUAGCAAAUUGAACAUUCUGCAACAUUUUAACAUUAACACUGAACAUGUUAUUUAGUAGAGACUGUUCAAACAACAUACACAAUCCAUAUAUAUAUAUAUAUUUGAUUUUUUUUAGAAAAGAAGAAACAAACCUAUUGGCAUGUUUUCUUCAACCCAAGAGAGGAUCUGUAGGAUUUUACAUGAUACAGUGGCUCUUAGUUCAACACCAUUAUGUAACUGCACAUUCUUCUUCUUCAAUAAUAAAACUUUGUACAUCACUGAAAAUCA